AUGGUAUCUGAAGUGAUGUGUGUGACUGUUGGCAGCAUAGAACCUGGCAGCAUAGAACCUGCCAGACUGACAAUGGUACCUCACUUCACUGUCCUCGAUUGGUACCCCAGCAUAACUGUUCCCCACUGGUACCCCAGCAACACUGUCCCCCAGUACUACCCCUGGGUCACUCAUUGUCCCCAAGUGGUACCCCCCGUGUCACUGUCCCUCAGUGGUGUCCCCACGUCACUGUCCCUAGUGGAACCCCAGCAUCUCUGUACCCCAGCGUUGCUGUCCCCUAGUGGUAUCCCCUCGCCACUGUCUCCCAGUGGUAUCCCCUCGCCACUGUCCCCCAGUGGUAUCCCCUCGUCACUGUCCCCCAGUGGUAUCCCCUCGCCACUGUCCCUCAGUGGUAUCCCCGUGUUGCUAUCCCCCAGCGGUAUCCCCGUGUUGCUAUCCCCCAGUGGUAUCCCCACGUCACUGUUCCCCAGUGGUAUCCCCGUGUUGCUAUCCCCCAGUGGUAUCCCCUCGUCACUGUUUCCCAGUGGUAUCCCCUUGUCACUGUCCCCCAGUGGUAUCCCCAUAUUACUGUCCCCCAGUGGUACCCCCGGGUCACUGUCCCCCAGUGGUACCCCUGCGUCACAGAAGAUGCAUGUUUGUGGCAGCUACAACAGAUAA